UCGUCCAAUCGGAUUGCGCGCUUGUGCGUCACGUGAUCUUUAUUUAUGUAAUGUAAUGGUGUUACACAGUAACCUCUCUUCGUGGCUGUGGAUACUUCUCCGGGGGUUAAAAACGGACACGGAGUAUUAAAAUGAAAGAAUACUAAUGUGCUUGUAACACUGGUCGGGUCUGUGCGGCGUUUGUGGAGUUUGGAGCGUCGAGGAAAGCGGCGUGUCGGAACUGGACCCCGAGUGUCUUUAUUUUUACCUGUUUCAUAAAAGGGAAGACGUCACUUAUGCCCCAAACCAAAGACCUAAGUUAGGGCUGCAAGCGAAAUGUCACCGAGCACAUUUUACAGGAGAAGGAGCAGUCUGUGAGGUGAGCAUAUGAGGGCUCGAAUGGACAGAAAACGGUGCGGUUCGAGCAGAUGUGGGACACGUUUACCGUAUCGCUUAGCUGUCAGUGUGGUGUUUAAAUGGUCCGUGCAAUAACACUACCCAGAACCGCCUCUCCGCAUCACUUUGACGAGCAAAGCAACAACUCUUCUGGGACCUUGUUCUGGUGACAUAACCCCGUGUUCGCCAUGGAUCUGCUGGAGUGUCCGCUCUGUCUCUUCCUGAUGUGCGAGCCGGUGACCAUGUCCUGCGGCCACUCGUUCUGUCGGAGGUGCGUGGGGGGCUUCCUCCCGUCCAAAUGUCCGUCGUGCAAAGAGAAGUUAAAACAAAAAGAGGUGAAAGGCAUGAAGAACAACGUGCUGCUCAUCAGUGUCGUGGAGAAGUGCUGCCCCGAGGAGGCAAGGAUGAAGUGCCAUAUUCAGGAGAAACUCAAAGCCAACGACUUCUCCGAAGCUUUACGCAUCGCGAACGAGGGACUGCGCUUAGUCCCAGAGGAUCAAAGCUUGAAGGUAUACAGAGCUGAAGCAAACUGGGGCCUGAUGCGUUUCUCCGAUGCUCUGACGGACCUCGACUACCUCUGCUGCCUUCGUCCCAUCUGGACAGAGGGCUUCUUUCGUAAAGGGAAUGUCCUGCUGGAAAUGGGUCAGCAGAAAGAAGCUCUCAUCCAGUUCCACCGUUGCCUAAAACUUCAAGCUGACUUUGUUCCUGCAAAGAGCCAGAUCAAGAAGAUCCUGGAGACUGAGGGAAUGACAGUGCCAGAAGAGGUGCCCUGCAUUUUGCAGGUGGUGUCGGAGUAUCUGAAAGAGCCGUAUCCCAUCACCACCCUCAGCGGCUCCCAGGGGCCAACUUAUUCUGAGGGCUUCAAACAUCCACACGGAGAUAAGGGAGAGGGAAAAGGAAAGAGAGAGGCACACCAGGUGAAGCAUGACACAGGUUCUGAGUGCUGCCUCAGCCUCUGCCAAGCUGUUUCCUUCCUCCCUACUGCUGAAGAGGACGAAGAGAUGAUGAUGAGGAAGGAAGAUGGGCAUGGCAGAGGUGAAAGUAACCACCGCCGUGAGAAAACUCUGGCUGUUCUCACAGUGUCGGACUUUGAGUGCCCUCUGUGCAUUAGGUUGUUUUUUGAGCCAGUCACGACUCCUUGUGGUCAUACUUUCUGCAAAAACUGCAUAGAGAGGAGUCUUGACCACAACCUCCGCUGUCCACUCUGCAAGCAGCCACUACAAGAGUACUUCAGAAACAGGAAGUACAACCCCACAGUUCUGCUUCAGGACAUCAUGACCCGACUUUUUCCCUCUCAGUUGGCUGAGAGGAAGCAGAUCCAUGAUGCAGAGAUGGCUGAACUGUCCAAUCUCACUAAGGACAUCCCUAUAUUUGUCUGCACGGUGGCGUACCCUGGAGUACCCUGCCCGCUGCACAUCUUUGAACCUCGAUACCGGCUGAUGAUGCGUCGCUGCAUGGAAACCGGCACUAAGAAGUUUGGCAUGUGCAGCUAUGAGCAUGGCAAAGGGUUUGCAGACUAUGGCUGUAUGUUGGAGAUCCUCAGUCUGGAGCUGCUGCCUGAUGGACGCUCCUAUGUGGAAACAGUGGGUGGCAGCAGAUUCAGGGUGCUGAAGAGGGGUCAGAGGGAUGGCUACCACACCGCUGAUAUAGAGUACCUGGAGGACCUUAAGGUUGAUGGUGGUGAGUUGGAGCUUUUACAGUGUCUCCACGACAGCGUGUACCAGCAGGCCCAGGAUUGGUACCAGCGCCUCGGCAGCCGCAUUCGCGAGCAGAUCAACAGACAAUACGGCACGAUGCCAGAUAAGGAGGAAAACAUUCAGGCUUCGUCCAAUGGUCCAGCGUGGUGCUGGUGGCUGCUAUCUGUCCUUCAGCUGGACCCUGCUUAUCAAACCACUGUCCUGUCCCUGACCUCACUCAAAGACCGGUUGGGACACCUUCGCCUCGUCCUUGAGUACUUCUCUCAGAGCUAGAACCCGCAGCACAGUGGUAUCGUGGCCACAGCGAGAGUCGAAUAUUAAGCACAUAUACACAAGUGGCAUGAAGCCAGUGAAUGCACUCACAACACUGAGUUUCAGCUUGGGUUUGAGUCUACUCUGAAUCAUGGAGGGACUGUUUUAAAGUCCUAGCUCAAGGCCAAAUCACCUGGUCAGUAGCAGAAGGCUAGUGAUUUUAUUAUAGAACACAAUGCAUUUGUACAGAGUCGGGUUUUUGCUGUUUUGAGUUUGCAUAUGUUAUCUUUCUUACACCGGAAUAGUUUUGUGAAUACACGUUGUACUUGCUGUACCAGUAAGAACUGCAGGGUCGACCAAAGAUGCUUCUUAUUUAGGGUCAUCUUAAUUAUUUUUUGUUGAUUAACUAAAUCAUGAAAUUUCAGAUAACAUUGCUGAAAAUGGACACUGGGUGUCACUGUUUCCCCCCACAGCUAAGCUAGUGCAGUCUACUCUUCUGUCAUGUGUUGCCUAUUCAAAUUGGACCUUUUGCAUUAUCAUAGUUACGUUUUGAGUGAAAAUAACUUUAAUAGCACACACAAUUUGUAGAAAUUUGCAGGAGUAUGUGCCUCAGAGGGUUGAAGUUCAUGCGUUCCAGGUAAUCACGUUUGGGCGUUCUGAGUGAUGCUGCAGAGCACCGUUUGCAAUGCUUGCAUUUUAGUUGCAUCCAUUUGGCCUUGGCAGCCACAGAAUAUGGCUCAUUUCAUACUAUUGAAUAAUUUUUAAAGAUAUGUUUUUAGUAUUAGCAAAUACUGCAAUAAUAAUUUAUAGUCUCACAUGGCAGCAAUUCUUUUUAAUGUAUGAAAGCUGCUGUCUCUGGAUGCCGUUUGUUAUCAUCCAGUGGAAAAUUACUUCUGUGAAAUUCGGAGAGCACCGAGUCGGUCAGUGGAAGCUGUAUUGUUUUACAGUAUGAUCCUGUGAUUUUUGUAUGUUAAUGGUCAAGUAGGAAUGCAGCAGUCUAUGUAUGUGUGUUGGCUGUAAAUAAUUUUUUUUCAGUCAUUUCAUUUUAAGUAGCUGUUCUUUUUCUUUUCUUUUUCUUUUUUUUUUUUUUUAAAUGAGGUAUGACGUGUUUCAGCACUGAUAACAGCUACUGUAUUGUGCGCUCCCUUGAGAAGCAAGUCGCCAUGUUAAUAUCUCUUGUCCAGGGACAGCUGCAACAUACAGGUAGUUAGCUAUAACACUAGCAUUGGUUGUGGUCUGACUAGGACUGAGUUCCCCCUAUGGGACUUCUGCGUAGGCUGUGGCACCUACCUCUGGCCCCCUACUCUGUCUCCAUGUCUGUCCGGCCCUCCUACCACCAGCCACGGUGCCUUUGAGUGCCAGGGCCAACUCAUCAGGACACCUGCAAGUCUUAGAGUUUCUAUGCGACAGAGAUUAUGGGCUGUGCGGUUCUUAUUGAUAUAGUGCUACAUUCCAUGGAAUGUUGAAGCUGCAGUUAUGUAUAGUUGAAUUACUAACAAAUACGGGCUUGCCUGGGUGAUAUUUGUGUGUUUUUUUUUUUACUUUGAUAAAUGUGCCAUAGAUAUUUCGAUGCUAAAAAAAGCUUUAUAGAACUAGUUAGCUGAGUUGUCACUGUGUUCACGUCUGUCUACAUCAUGGACCCUCAUGCCUUUUGUAUGGCGGGUGGUGAAUAGACAUUUUUCAUGGCCAGCAUAUCACUUUAAACGCCAAGAAUUCGUCCAGCAAACACGCUCAUAAACACAGUUGGUAUGUUUCCUGCUGGUAUGAUAAUGUAGGUAUGGCUUAGAGUGAAAGCGGGAAUCAUGAGACUAAAUGUCAAACUGAUGAGACUGAUGAAUACUGUUGCAGCAUUGGCUACUUGAUUAACAGACUCUGUCCACUUGAGACGAAGAAAUGCAUCCCCCCCCCCCCCCCAUUUGUUAACAUGCAACUUUUUGAAGCCAUCUAGAAGUGAAAAUGGAAGUCACACAUGUCUUUAAAAUGUGCCAAUUAUCACAGGAUGUCUCCAAAGCUAGCAAUGUUUAUUUCACUGAAUAAUGAAAUGAAAUGUGAAGGUCAGUCUCUUCUUACCAGAGAUGAUUAAAGCUAAUUCAAAUCAAAAAGGGAUUGAGAUUCAUAGAGCUCUAGAGUCGUAAGUGUCUGUGGUAAACACAUGACAGCAGUACAUGAUAACAAGCCCAUGUCCACUGACUUUCACCUCCCUGAGUCACUUCCAAGAGUGAUACUUUGGCAUACUGAAGUCACUUUUGUUUUCUAAAAUUCAGCUUUCGUUCCCCACACAUUUUCUCUCUUUUGCCAGCCAUGCAUUUUUCCGUUUGUCACUUUUAUUACCACUUUUCUCUGAAUAAAACGGCGAUGUAUGCCGAUCGCGGCCAUCAGUCUCAUUUUAGUUUACUCUGUUGAAUACAGAACAAAAUUUCCUAUGAAAAAUGCACCCCAUGUUUCGCCAUUUUUAGAUUUAAUUUGCCUAUAAUCACUGAAUAGGUUCAAACUUUGUGCUACUCAUACAUUGCAGCGCAGUCAAGCCUCAUUUCAGCUCAUUUAGACUCCAGCUUUUGCAGCUUUUAUACCCUGGCCGGCGUCCAUUAACUUUUUCUGCAGUGCUAUUGGCCUCUCAGAAAAUGCCCUCCAACACAGUUUAGCUCUGUAUGAACAUUGUCUGCCAACACAGAACACAAAGAAGAAUAAGUGACCCAGUCCUGGCAGCGAUUUCCCAUGAGAAAGACACUUGUGUACUCGGUAAAGGCUGUGAAAAGCACCAUGGUCACGUGUUCCUGUGAAGUGUUGCAGGAAGUGUUGGCCGCUGUGGUCUGAUGGUCAGUGGUCUGUUUGAACUGAAGACAUCUCUAACUCUAAGUUUAGAAAUGUCUCUGUCAGCAUCAGGGCUAUUUAAACCCACUGAAAAUGAAGUUUCAGUCUGAUUAAUCUGCAUUUGUUCCUCCGAGUCUAAGCCACGAGCAGUGAAAAGUCAUGAUCUGAUUAUUGUUUAUUUGCUUGCCCCCUGGAUGACUUUUUAAAUGUUAUAAUAAAUAAAGAUUUUCAAAGCUAA